AUGGCCGACCGACCCCAACAACCCGUCCGCCCUGCGGCGGAACGCAAAUCUUCCCCUCUCAAAACCGGAUACUUGGUCCUCUACAAUGCCAUUUCUACCAUCCUCUGGGGCACUAUUCUGGGAAGAGUGUUGUUGAUUGCUGGAGUGCACGGGACGAGAUAUGUUUUCCCUGGUGUUGGGGAGUUUGCAAAGUGGACGCAGACGUUGGCAUUGUUGGAGGUCGUACAUGCUGCUGUUGGCAUCGUACGCGCCCCCCUCUUCACGACCCUCAUGCAAGUCGCCUCCCGCAUCCUCCUGAUCUGGGGCAUCGUCACCCCUUUCCCCAACACCGUCGCCUUUUCCCCCAUCUACAGCACCAUGCUCAUCGCCUGGUCAAUCACCGAAGUCAUCCGCUACUCCUACUUCGCCAUUAAUCUCUCCACCGGCUCCGUCCCUGCCGCUUGGUUGUGGUUGAGAUAUAACACUUUCUUCGUCUUGUACCCUCUUGGUAUCAGCAGUGAGUGUUGGUUGGUUUGGCUGGCUGCUAGUGGGCCGGCGAAACAGUAUACUGGUGUCAGAGAGGGGCUUUUUGCUGUGCUUUUGGUUUAUGUGCCUGGCUCGUACAUUCUGUUCACGCACAUGAUGGCCCAGCGUCGCAAGAUCAUGCGUGGUACCCGUGCAAAGGUCAACUAAGCGUCACGCCCUCGAAAAGUCAGAGAAGAGUGAGAACAUUUCUUGCCUGUUCGACACUUGUAUAAAGCCAUCACAGUCGCAACAGCAGGUAACACGAAAAUCACUCAAAUCGUCAGAACGCAGCACGAAUACGGCUCAAAUCAGACCAUCUAGCUGCUUUGCAGACUCGACGUACCCCGAAAUCUCCAAGACUAUAUUGUGAUAACAACAGAGGGAAGCACUAUCGAAACAAAAAGCUUUUGUACCAUAAUUGUAAUUAUACAUUUCGAUCUUCCCUCCCAAGAAAACACCUUGCUAUGCUAUGCUAUGCU